AUGAAACUUGCAGCGACAGUACUUCUCGUGUUCAUCGGAGCAUUGUGUUGUGUCUCGCAUCCAUUAUGUGACUGCCCCAACGAAGUAUACUCAGAAUGCGGAACAGCCUGCCCUGAAACAUGCGAAAAUCUGGGAGAAAUUAGGCCAUGCAUCCGAUUGUGCGUCAGGGGUUGCUUCUGUCGAGAGGGCUACGUACGCAAUAAUGCCACCGGAGAAUGCGUAGAGCCAUGCGAAUGUCCACCAAAGACACCGACAGUCACCACUGCAGUUCCAAUGAGAUUCGCAACAAUCGCCCUUGUCCUUGCCGCCAGUACUGCCGCACUCUGCCAUCACGUGCCAUGCAGAGUGUGCCUGGAUCCCAACACCGAGUACCGAUUGUGCGGCAAUGAGUGCCCCAGAACCUGUGAAAACCUGCACCCGGAACCACCGUGCACGCAAGUUUGUAUGCGCGGCUGCUACUGCAAGAAGGGCUACGUGCGCGAAAACCACAGUGGACUGUGCGUUCGGCCAGAGGAUUGUCCGAAGCCCAAGCCGAAACCUUCCUGCGGAUGUUCUAAGGCCCCAAAGCCGAGCAAGUAUGAUCCGCACUUUGAGGAAUACAAAGGGAGUCUCUGCGGCGGCCUGUCAAGUCCAUUGCAGUAUUCUGGGCCUGAAGAUGCUGUACAAGUGUCCGGCCGUAUGUGUCGAAGAACUGUUUUUGCCGUGAAGGCUACGUGCGCCAGUUCGAGAAUGGCAAAGGCCGUGUAUUCCAGCAAACGCCCGACGAAGAAUACAACCAAUGCGGAACAGCUUGCCCAGCAACGUGCGAUAACCUUGGAUUGUGAAGAUCCAAAUGAGGAGUUUCGGAUAUGUGGGUCGAUGUGUGAAACACCUUGCGACAGUGUGUAUCAUUGUGAUCUUUGUUCCGCAGUAUGCGUAUCAGGAUGCUUUUGCAGAGAUGGAUAUGCACGUGAUCCAUGCGGAUCGUGUGUGCCAGUUUGUGAAUGUCCGAUUGUAGCAACUACGCCACAAGCGCCAACUGCUAAGAAGCGGAAAUGCUGUUGGAGACGGUGCAAAUGUAAAUCUACAACUACUGCUACAACCGCUGCUCCUAUUACAACUUCUACCGAUACUACAUCUACUACUGACUGUACUACCAGUACUACUGAUAGUACUACUAGUACUCCAGAAAGUACAACCAGUACUACGGAAAGUACUACCAGUACUACAGAAAGUACAACUAGUACUACUGAAAGCACAACUAGCACUACGGAAAGCACAACUAGUACUCCAGAAAGUACAACCAGUACUACAGAAAGUACUACCAGUACUACUGAAAGCACAACUAGCACUACGGAAAGUACAACUAGUACUACUGAUAGUACUACGAGUACCACAGAAUGCACAACUAGUACUACGGAAAGCACAACUAGUACUACUGAUAGUACUACUAGUACUACUGAUAGUACUACUAGUACAACUGAUAGUACUACAAGUACAACUGAUAGUACUACUAGUACUACUGAUAGUACUACGAGUACUACAGAAAGCACAACUAGUACCACAGAAAGCACAACGAGUACUACGGAAAGCACAACUAGUACUACUGAAACAACAUCUAGUACCACUCCUAAGAUGGAUAUGCACGUGGUCAUGCUGGAUCUGUGUGUGCUUGUGAAUGUCCAUUGUAGCACCACUGACAAGCGCAACUCUAAGAAGGAAAUGCUGUUGGAGACGGUGCAAAUUCGUAGUAGUAGAUACAGUAGUAGUAGAAGGAUCAGUAGUAGUGAUUGGAUCAGUAGUUGUAGUAGGAUCAGUAGUAGUAGUAGAAUCAGUAGUAGUAGUAGACUCUGUAGAAGUAGUAGUAGCUUCAGUAGUAGUAGAAGUAGUGGUAGUAGGAUCAGCUGUAGUAGAUGUAGUAGUAGUAGAAGUAGUGGUAGUAGUAGGAGCAGAAGUAGUAGUAGUAGUAGUAGUGGUUGUAGUGGGAUCAGUAGUAGUAGAAGUAGUGGGAGUACAACUACGACACAAGCGCUAACUACUAAGAAGCGGAAAUGCUGUUGGAGACGGUGCAAAUGUAAAUCUACAACUACUGCUACAACCGCUGCUCCUAUUACAACUUCUACCGAUACUACAUCUACUACUGACUGUACUACCAGUACUACUGAUAGUACUACUAGUACUCCAGAAAGUACAACUAGUACUACUGAAAGCACAACUAGCACUACGGAAAGCACAACUAGUACUCCAGAAAGUACAACCAGUACUACAGAAAGUACUACCAGUACUACUGAAAGCACAACUAGCACUACGGAAAGCACAACUAGUACUACUGAUAGUACAACUAGUACUACUGAUAGUACUACGAGUACCACAGAAUGCACAACUAGUACUACUGAUAGUACUACUAGUACUACUGAUAGUACUACAAGUACAACUGAUAGUACUACUAGUACUACUGAUAGUACUACGAGUACUACAGAAAGCACAACUAGUACCACAGAAAGCACAACUAGUACCACUGAAUGCACAACGAGUACUACGGAAAGCACAACUAGUACUACUGAAACAACAUCUAGUACCACUCCUAAAUCGGCAGGACAAUUGCAUCGCAGCGCCAAACCAGACAUCACCAGCGGUGGAAAGGCUGCGGAAAAUGCAACAGCGAUAAUGAUUGCUACGAGCGGCGGCAGCAAGGCUCAGAGAAACAUUAUCAAGGGCGUCUCAUCGAAGGCGUCGAGCAUUAUAAACAGCCUCGUAAACGACAUCUUCGUGCGUAUCAAGCUGGCCAUGCCCGCCGUCUCGCAGGGUUCCAAAGUCGUCCCCAAUCUCAUGCAACGCUCGUUAUCGCUGCGAACCCAUUCAGCGCAGCACGGGGCAAAAACGCACGUGCAUUGGGUUGGCGAUGGUCAGUUCCUAGUUUUAGAAUUGAAUAAAAACUAUACCCAGCCAGGGUCAAAUCAUCAGUUCUGUGCCGUGCAGUUCCAGUCCAAUCAAGUUAAGAUGAAGUUCACCGCCCUUGCCAUCAUUAUUGCAACCGUUUGCGCCAGCUCGGUUUUCGGAGCUCCCCCAUGCAAAAAUUGCCAUUGUCGACUACCUAACGAGGAAUACCAACUUUGUGGAACAAACUGUCCCAAUACUUGCGACAAGCCAUUCGGAAAUGUUUGUGCUCCGGUCUGUGUGGCGGGAUGUUUCUGUAAACAGGGAUAUGUUCGCAGUUCUGAUGGAAAAUGUGUACGUCCUGAACAAUGCCCAUGUGCCACUACCACCACUCCAGAACCAUGCACAACCACUACUCCGGAGCCGACCACCACCACUGUGCCAUGCACCACUACUACUCCGGAGCCCACAACCACAACUGCACCAUGCACCACUACCACUCCCGAACCAACCACCACUACUGAGCCGUGCACCACAACUACUCCAGCACCAACUACCACCACCGAACCGUGCACAACAACUACUCCGGCACCAACCACCACCACCGAACCGUGCACUACCACUACUCCGGAACCAACAACAACUACGGAACCAUGCACCACCACAACUCCAGAGCCAACUACUACCACUGAACCGUGCACUACAACCACUACUGCGGCUCCUACCACUACUACUACACCUUGUACCACUACCACGCCGGCACCUACUACUACUCCAUGCUAAAUUGUGUUACUAGCAACACAGUUUAAACAAUCGGUAAUCGACAACUCGCUCUCACUGUACAGGGUCACGUUAAAUGUAAAUUUAAUUCUUAAAACUGUUUUUGCAAAAACUAUGGUACCAUGUCAAUA